CAGGCAUUAACUCGGACACCACUCUUUUGGUCCUCUCAAGUUGCACAACAUGGCGUCUCAGUUGGCGGUAAAUUCAGCUGCCAGUCUUUGGGGACCAUAUAAAGAACUAUGGGACACAGUGAACAAUGCCAUCUACAGGAGACAACUGGAAGCUGUACACCUGCUAGAUAUGAGCCUGAAGAAACACAAACCAGAUUUUAUUUCCCUCUUCAAGAAUCCACCAAAGAGUAAUGAACAGCGUGACAAGGUGAAAAAAGCAAGUACAGAUGGCAUUGCUAUUCAGGGUCAACAAGGUCUACGGCAUCUUCCUGAGCAGCUACUUACAGAGGCAUUUAUCUUGAGUGAUCUGUUCAGCAUCUCUGAAUUGGCUGCAUUAGAACUUCUCCUGGCAGGUGAGCGUCAGCAGCCUCAUUUUCCUGGCCUCACUCGGGGUCUGGUAGCUGUUCUGCUUUACUGGGAUGGUAAGAGGUGCAUAGCUAAUUCACUGCAUUCCUUGAUUCAAGCUCGUCGUGGAAAAACCUUUAUGCUCGAUCUCAGCGAGGAACUGGUUUCCAUUGCAAAUCAUUUCACAGAUGACCUAAUGAAACAAGGCCUAACACAGAAGAUUCUGUCUCUAUUGUCAGACAUCAGUGUUGCUGUGGAAUUUGAGAAACUUCAAAAAGCAAGAGGAUUAGGCAAUGAAAAGCAUAGAAAAGAGGUAUCUGAUCUGAUUAAAGAGUGUCGAUUGACAUUGGCUGAAUGUCUCUUUUCUUGGACUUGCCAGUCCUCCCUUAGUAUGGAUGAUAUACUGUCUUUAUUUGGAUACUUGGAAAAUGUGACAACAGAAGGUGAUGGCUCUUUGGACAGUGUCAAUCUAGCUUUAGUCAUGGCUUUGCUCUACAAUUUUGAUGUCAGUUUCUUGGAGCAGGGAUCUGAUGAUAUGGAAGAUCUUAUUCACACAAUGCCUUUGCUAACGAACAAGCAGUAUGUAGCAGAAAUUCACAAUCGACUCCAGGAUGCAAAUCCAUGGAAACUACCUGGUCUGCAGGCUGUUGUGAGACUGACGUGGGCAGUUACUUUACGAGCUCUCUCCCAGCAUCCACAAGGAGCAGCUUUGGUUGAAUUUACAGAAGGGGAUGAAGCAAUGGCUGAUAUUGCAAUCACACAGAAUGCGUUUCUUUUCAUUUUGGAAGCAAUUUUGGGCUCGGAAAGCUUUGGACAAGAAGAAUUCUACACACGCCGGAUACACUCUCUUCUUACGGAUUUUCUUGCACUAAUGCCCUUGAAAGUGAAACAGUUGAGAAACAGAGCCGAUGAGGAUGCCAGGUUGGUUUACAUGAGUCUUCAGAUGGGCAGUGAGCCACCUGCUACUCUGCAGAGACAUCUAGAGCAACUGAUGAUACUGAUUGGAGAAUUCUAUGGAAAAGAUCAUUUUAACUUGGAGUUGGCAUUAGAAUACUGGUGUCCAUCAGAGCCCAUCCACCACAACUCUUCAAUAACAGGGUCAUUUCUGGGAGUGGCUCAUCAGCGUCCGCCUCAUAAACAGGUGGUUUUAUCAAAGUUUGUUAGGCAGAUGGGGGAUCUGCUACCUUCGACUCUGUAUAUCCCUUACCUAAAGAUGCUGAAAGGACUAGCAAAUGGACCUCAGUGUGCUCAGUACUGUUCAAGUCUUCUCAAAGUCAAUGGUACACCUCAUAUGGAAAAUAUCCAAUCUGUAGGGAGCAGCCCAGUGUCCUGGGAACAUUUCUUUCACUCACUGAUGCUCUACCAUGAAAACCUUAGAAGAGAUCUACCCAGUGCAGACACAUCUCAGUAUCGUCAUCUGUCCCUGAGAGGCAUUACACAGCGUGAACUGGAUGGGCUCAUUGGUUUUUUACAGCUUACUUCUACCAUUGUGAAGUGGAGUGAGAAUGCACGGUUGACACUAUGUGAACAUCCCCAGUGGACGCCCAUUAUUGUGAUGCUGGGUUUGCUUCAGUGUAGCAUUCCUCCAAUGCUGAAAUCUGAACUCUUGAAUUGCUUAGCUGCAUUUGGGAAAUCCCCAGAGAUUGCAUCUUCCCUUUGGCAAUCUUUGGAAUAUACACAGAUCCUGCAAACUGUUCAAUCUCCGGGACAGCGCCAGGCAACAGGGAUUGAGGUUGAAUUAAAUGAGAUUGAAUCUCGAUGUGAAGAAUACCCCUUGACCAGAGCCUUUUGCAAUCUGAUUAGUAUAUUGGUGGAGAGCUCCUUUCCAACCAACCUAGGUGCUGGACUGCGGCCUCCUGGGUUUGAACCUUACCUUCAGUUCCUUAGAGACUCCGUCUUCCUACCAUUUCCCAACAGAGCCUAUCGACGUGCAGCUGAAAAGUGGGAGGUGGCAGAAGCAGUUCUGGAAGUUUUUCAUAAACUUUUGCAGGGCUAUGAACCACAGCCCAGUGACUUUGUGGAAGAGUUUGUGGAGCUUCAGGGAGAGUUGGUUGCUGCUGGAAAGUCACCAGGAUACUGCCUGAUGUUCCAUCUUCUGAAUGAUUCACCUAUGUUCAGUCUUUGCCUUACACUUCUUGGAGAGGGUGUCAAUUAUCUAGACACCUAUGCCCCAUUUCCAGGAAAGAAGCAUCUGGAGAAAGCAGUGCUGCAUUGCUUAUCACUUCUUAACAUGGUCCUGCAAAAGGAGACACUUUUCAUGAACAUGUUACGUGAGAGCCAAGCUUCAGUGAUUGUUACACCUUUGGAGCAACUUCUGCAAGGAAUCAGUGCACAGACCAGGAAAGCUGACCAUGUUGUUAAUAUUGCCAGGUACCUCUACCAUGGUAAUUCUAAUCCAGAAAUUGCUUUCGAAAGUGCCCAUAUAUUGCGUUGCAUUUCCCGCUAUCCUAAUAUUCAGACUCGACUGGUUGGGGACUUCACACGUGACCAGUCAAUAUGUGAGAAGCUAAUGACUGGAUUUGUAGAGUGUCUGGACAAUGAAGACGCAGAAGAAUAUGCACAGGAAAUAGAAGAUCCAGAGCCUGAUCCAGAGAAAAAGAUUGCUCGAACUCGUCAUGAAACACAAAUCCAUAUCCUCAAUCUCCUUAUAACAUCACUAGAACUUAAACCACCCAAUUUGGCUCUGUACCUACUUGGUUAUGAGUUGAAAAAGCCAGUCUCUACUACUAACCUUCAAGAUCCAGGAGUUCUUGGCUGUCCACGAAGCUGCUUGCAUGCAAUUUUGAAUUUAGUAGAAAGAGGAACAGAAAAAAGAUACAGUCCUCUUCUAGUUCUUGAAGCACCCCACCUGGCUGAACUUUGUUAUCAGGUUAUCUACCAGCUGUGUGCAUGCUCUGAAACCUCUGGUCCUACUAUGCGCUACCUAAGAACAAGCCAUGAUUUUCUCUUCUCACAGUUGCAGUAUCUGCCGUUUCUUAAUCCAGAUAACCAGAUUGCAGCCUUGAACCAAAUGUCAUGGCUAAUGAAAACAGCUGCCAUUGAACUUCGUGUGACAUCUUUGAACAGACAAAGAUCACAUACACAGCGCCUUUUGACUCUACUUCUAGAUGAUCAACCACAUGGAGCCUAUUCAGUUGAUGGAGAGAUUAGUGCAGAAGAAGAAACACAAUCUAUUAGUGGCUUUCUUCAUUUUGACUCUGUUCCUAAAGUACGUCGAAAGAUUUUACGUAUCCUGGAUGCUAUUGAUUUUAGUGAGGAGGCACCUGACCUACCCCAGCUGGAUUUCUUUGACCAAGCUCAGAUUGAACAAGUAAUUUCUAACUGUGAACACACCAAUGACCAAGGACAGACCGCUUGUAAUGUUAAGCUGUUGCAUAGAGUUCUUAUGGCAGAAAUCAAUGCCCUCCAGGGAAUGGCAGCAAUUGGACAGCGUCCUUUACUACUUGAGGAAGUGAACUCAAUCCUACAUCAUGUUGUAGAGAGGAACCGUAUGCGACACAGCCUGAAUGCCAAACGUCAUGCAUUGCAGUCCUGGCGAAACCUUGUGGAAACACUUCUGACUGCUUGUCCACAGGAUCUUAUUCCCACAGAGGCUCGACAGUUGUUAAUUCGUGACUUGCUACUGGACCUUCAUGACAAGGUCUUAUCAGAAGAUGCAGCAGAGGAGCUGAUGCCAGUAGUUGCUGGUGCAGUGUUUACACUAAUGGCUCAUCUUAGCCAUACCAUGCGUUCUGAGCAUCAGCAACCUAAUGUAACUUCGGGAUUCUCCUCCCUUGCAAAUUCUGCCUUGCAUUUAAUUCUCAGAAAACUCUUGGAUUUCAUUCUUCGAACAGGUGGUGGAUUUCAAAGGCUUCGUGCUCACUUAUAUGGAUCUCUGCUUUACUACCUUCAGAUUGCACAGAAGCCAGUAGAACCAGAGACUCUUCAGACAGCAGAGAAAUCAAUGUGGGAACGCCUCACUGCCCCAGAAGAUGCAUUUACUAAACUGCAGCGGGAGAACCUAUUCAUUAUUGAGAGUUAUGGCACAGCUUUAAUGGAAGUGAUUUGUCGGGAUGCCUGCGAUGGUCACGAGAUAGGAAGGAUGCUGGCUCUGGCUGUGCUCGAUGCUGUGAUGGACCGCCACAUCUCAAUUGACAAAGAAUGCCAGUGGCUGCAAUAUAUGGCAAACAGUGGUUACCUCAAGGUGCUGGUACAAAGUCUGAGGCAAGAUGACACAAUGUUACAGUGUUUGCUUGUACCUCAUCCUCCUCUUCUUAAAGCCCUUUAUAUCUAUGAGUCCAAAAUGGCAUUGCUAACACGUGUUGCUAAAAACACCCAUGGGGCAGCAGAACUGUUACGUUGUGGACUUAUUGUGCAACUAAUUGAGUGUGAGGUGUAUGACAUGCGACCAGACACAGAUUCAAAUAGGAUAUUAGGUCAGAGAGACCCAUCAGGAUUCAUUCCAAGUCCUCUUGAUCGCUAUAGACAGAUUCUUCUGCCUGCUUUGCGUCUCUGUCAAGUUAUUCUAACGUCUAGUACUGCACAGCACCAACAAGCUGCAGCACAGGUAAUACAGUGGCUAAUCGUUCAUUCAGAAGCAAUCCAUGCCAUUCUGCGUUGUCAGGAAGUGACUGUUGGAUCUCUUCGAGAACUGUCAUUGCUGACUGGCAUAAUAAGCAAAACUGCACUACCAGGGGUUGUUAAAGAGCUUGGUCAAGAUGCUAGCAGUGCUUCUUUAAUGGAUUAUGAGGCUCAUAUCAGUCGCUUUCAGCGUCAGUGUCUGUCUUUACUUAGUCGGUUUACUGGGUCUGAUCCACUGCAACAGAUGAAGCUAGCAGAGGAAAACACUUUAAAUGCAGAUGCUGUAGAUCAGAGGGAGGAGAUGGAAGUUGCAGUUCAGCAAAUUUGUGCAAAUGUACUUGAAUAUUCCCAGUCGCUUCUGCUUCAGAGUUCUUCUGAGUCUCAGUUCAGCAUUUGUCUCUUUAGCCCUUUGAUGGUGGAGCCAGCAAACAGAGAUGGGCCUAGAGGAGCAGAUGUUGCCACACCUGUUUCCUACUCAAGAGUUCCAAGUUUGGGCAUAAUUGUGCAUCUUCUCAGACAAAGUGCAUCUCAGUUCUUUAAGUAUUUUGAAAGCCAUCGACAGAGUGUGAGUAAACUACAUGGUGUUGAUCACUUGCCUACAGAAGAAGUAAAAGAGCUCUGUCAAGCUGUCAUGUCAGUAACAAGUGGAGUAGACAAAAUAUCUUCAUCCCAGAGGAAUGCUUUGGCCAAGAGACGCCUUGUGAAGCUUAUAAAUAAUCGAGCAAUACUACUUUCCUUGUGUUCUUAUAUAAUUGAAACAUGCUUAUUUAUUCUCUGGCGUCAUUUGGAAUAUUACUUGAUUUACUUUAGCCCUCUUGAAUCUCAGGACUCUCUCUUGUCUGCUGGGCAGUCUUUCAGAGCCCGGCAUCAAGAUGAUUCAUUUGCAGCAUUUUCAGGCAAUGUUACAAGAAGCUUUGGGGUGUCUCGAGUCAGUAGGCAAGAUCUAGAUCAGUUACGCACUGAUGUGGCAAACAAUUUCGGAGACUCAUUACAGAAGAAACUCCUAGAUGUGGAAGGGCUUUACUGCAGAGUCCGUUCUCAAUACACUUUCAUUCGGGCUCUUGUAAGGCGCAUCAGAGGUCUCCUCCGGCUCAUCUGAAAAGGAGUGACUUUCCUGAUACUAUGAAAAUAAUUGUAAAAUACUUUCUUCAUUUAAAUUUUUGUUUGUAUGAAUUUCAAAUAUGAAAAUAAAACUCACUUU